GAGGCCGCUCACGAACCUGAAGGUCCGUUAUUAUUGGCGUCUCGGACGACAACGAAUACUGUGAACGGGUAAGAACCACGCCACGAGGCUUAGACUCGAUUCGUUCGAGCUUCGUAGAAGCACCCAGUUCAUCCGCCGACUUGUACCCGACCUGGGGUAAAACAAUGUCAGGUGUCAUAUCGAUAAUUGAGCUCGCGCACAGUGUGUGGGGCGAACCAGAGCGGUCACGUAUUCCAGCGGUGAUCCCUUUAUCGAACAUGUCAGCACCCGCGCGCGGCAAAUUGAAGGGACAGGACAAGAACCAAUAUCGCGGCGAAGCACCAGGAGAACAGGAGGGCUUCGCCUUCGAAUUUGAGGACAUCAGCUCUGCGUGCUGGAGGAGUCGAAGGGCAGCCCGUGCACGGUGCGAGGACCCCGGCACGCUUUUUUGUAGUCUGAUCUUCACGCAGACGGCGAUGGAUGACCGUCCAGCACAUGACGGCCACCCUAUCAGUCACCCAGGCUGUCUGCCCUUCGCCCGAGACUCCGUCACGGCCGUCUCCAGAAUGGUAGAUGCCGUCUUUCUUGCUGCACAGGGUACUGAUGUUGUGCUGAUAAGUACCGGAGGGCUCCUUGGUCUUUACGUGGAUCUUUUGUCAAGCACCCGGUCUGCCGAUGGCGGUAGAAGUCCUCUCGUCCACCGCCGCACGUUGAAGAACCUCAGGCUGCACAGGCUGCGCUAAUAGCCGCUUCAAAUUCAAAUGCCCGUGUUGCCGUCUCGACGCAAGGCUACUACUUACUCGAGGUACCGGAACUGUCCUCCUGCCAGCGGUCCAUCAUACCGGCUAUCCGUGCACACGUUGGAGGGACCCUGCUGAAGGCUCGUGUCUUUCGGGAGGACACGGAAACCUGACGGGGGAUUCGAUUCUGGCGUUGGACGUGAUUUCGGAACCUUGCCUUCACAGUGGCUAUCCAAACGUUUCACUCGACCUCGCGGGUCCUAAUGCGUACCGUUCGGGCGGACUUGACUUCAGCGUCGUAAAACUCAGUCGCUUUUGGCCAUGCGAUUUGCAUA